AUGUCAACACCAAACAACAAAUUGUCAGUUCGUGUCGAUGGCAAUCAAAUUAGUUUCUACUCACCAAACGAUCCCGAUGAUAAUAUCAUCAUUACCUUCCAUAGAACUUUACGUAUACCUGAUGAUGGUAAGAUUUAUCCUCUGCCACCAUCAUUAGGUAAUUUCCCUGUAAAGAGAGUUGAUGAUUAUCUUGAUAGAGUUCCUGAAAAGUGGAAAAAGACAGGUGGUAUAUUUAUUCCACUCUAUCAACGUGAAGCCAUGUGGAUGGAAUUCCUAAAUGUAAGCUCUGAACAUCCUCAUGCUUUGAAGGUUGCAGUUGGUAAAGUGAAUGCUUUGAGUGGUGAAAUGUGGGAUGAAGAAAUGAAGGACAGAUCUGUUCAGGAUUAUGUAGUAACUCCAUUGCAACCAUGGUUGGAUGGUAUUAAUAGUGGAGAUGGAACCAUUAAACAAUUCAUUGCCAUGCCACUCGGACAAGGAUACACUGUCGAAUCUCAAGUCACUGGUGAGGAUAAAGUAGGAGGUGCUCAAAUUAUCUGUUUCAAUCCAAAUGAACAAAAGAGAAAGAGACAAUUUGCUCCACAAGAACCAGUCAGAAGUGUUCCUCAACAACCAAAACCAAUUUAUCAACCACAAGUUUUAUUCACACCACCUUCAAUGACUUCUCCUCCUCCUCCUACUUCUUUUGGAUUCUCAAUGGUUUCACCUCAACCACCACAGGGUUAUCAACAACAUUCUGUUGUGCCAUGUUGUGAAUUAGUCAACUUGGGUUCAUAUGAAAAACAAGCUUGUGACUCUAUUCAAUCUCUUUCCUUUGAUUGUUGUGAAAGUGAGGAAUCCUAUGCUCCUCCAUCUGCUCCAUCUUAUCAAAAUUCAUACUCUUCACAACCAUCAUCAUCAUCAUCUUUAGUAUCUGAUUUAUUCUGUGCAACAACCUCUUCAACAGCCACCACUUUAUCCAAACCACCAUCAAAUAGUGCACCAAAGAUGAGGAAAUCAAGCGAUUCAAAAUCUGAAAGAAAGAAAGAAAAUUCAUCAGUACCUUCUUCUGUUAAGGCUCAAGAAUUGGGUCUUGCAUCAGGAGGUAAAAUGAAACAACAAAUCAUUGAAGAUCCAUAUGGAGCUGAAUUCUGGGACGUCUCCACCAAGGCAAGAGUUUUCAUCCACAUUGUAAAUAGUGAAAUGUUUGCCCAAAUUACUGGUGAAUCUGUUCCACCAACUCCAAUUUCUGCUCAAACCUAUUCCAGUUAUAAUUAUCCUUGGUUUGAUCACUACACUGAAAAUGUUGGAACUAUUGGAAAGAGUGAAAUCUUGUCUGGAGUUAAGAGUGUCAAGCAAAUCGAUGAAGAAAAGUACGCAUGGUCACAACAAGAUGAUUCCACAGUCAAAAUCAAUAAUGUUGUGACACACAAGGAAACAUUUGAUAAGAAUAGUGUUAGAGAUGGAGAUUGGUAA